UGUUGGCGGGGGUUUGCGGUCUACUUUCUCUCAAACUUUCAUCAGAGUUGGACAGACUGGUGAUCCAUUUUUUCUCGCCGGUGCGUAUGGGAAACACGCGUCCUUUUAAAAGGAUGAGGUUUUUCGCCUUUCUAAUCGUCUGCUUUGGUUGGGCAGCAUCAACCGCGCAAGCAUCAAUUCGGCUGGUUGAUGGCUCAACGGACUACAAUGGACGGGUUGAAAUCAGUUACUUUGAAGAAUGGGGAACCGUCUGUGACGAUCUCUGGGAUGAUACUGAUGCUACAGUAGUGUGUCGGAUCCUUGGUCUGGGUACUGAUGGUACUGCGUAUCAGAGCGCCUACUUUGGGCAGGGUACAGGGAACAUCAUUCUCGACAAUGUCCAGUGUGUGGGAACGGAAACAGAUCUUGUCUCUUGUCCUAGUAAUGGACUUUUAAAUCACAAUUGCGGGCAUUCUGAAGAUGCAGGAGUACAAUGCUUUAAUGCAACAUCUGAAUCAAUCCGUCUUGUGGGUGGCUCAUCUGAUUCUGAAGGUCGAGUGGAAGUCUAUUACAAUGGAGAGUGGGGAACUGUAUGUGAUGAUUUGUGGGAUGAUACCGAUGCUACAGUGGUGUGUCAGAUCCUUGGUCUGGGUGGUUCAGGGACUGCACGAAGUAAUGCUGCCUUUGGAGAAGGUAGUGGAAACAUCAUUCUUGACAAUGUUCAGUGUGACGGAACUGAAACAGAUCUCUUUGCUUGUCCUAGUAAUGGUCCAAACAAUCACAACUGUGGCCACAGUGAGGAUGCAGGAGUUGUAUGCACCAGCACAACGACAUCGUCACCUGCUGAAACAAUUCGUCUUGUGGGUGGAUCCUCAGAUACUGAAGGUCGAGUGGAAGUCUAUUACGAUGGAGAGUGGGGAACUGUAUGUGAUGAUUUGUGGGAUGAAUCAGAUGCUACAGUGGUUUGUCAAAUCCUUGGUCUAGGUGAUUCAGGGACUGCACGAAGUAAUGCUGCCUUUGGAGAAGGUAGUGGAAGCAUCAUUCUUGACAAUGUGGAGUGUGACGGAACUGAAACAGAUCUCUUUACUUGUCCUAGUAACGGUCCAAACAAUCAUAACUGUGUGCACGGUGAAGAUGCAGGAGUAGAAUGCACCAGCACAACUACAUCUUCACCUACUGAAUCAAUCCGUCUUGUGGGUGGCUCAUCUGAUUCUGAAGGUCGAGUGGAAGUCUAUUACAAUGGAGAGUGGGGAACAGUAUGUGAUGAUUUGUGGGAUGAUACCGAUGCUACAGUGGUGUGUCAGAUCCUUGGUCUGGGUGGUUCAGGGACUGCACAAAGUAAUGCUGCCUUUGGAGUAGGUAGUGGAAACAUCAUUCUUGACAAUGUUCAGUGUGACGGAACUGAAACAGAUCUCUUUGCUUGUCCUAGUAAUGGUCCAAACAAUCACAACUGCGGCCACAGUGAGGAUGCAGGAGUUGUAUGCACCAGCACAACGACAUCGUCACCUGCUGAAACAAUUCGUCUUGUGGGUGGAUCCUCAGAUACUGAAGGUCGAGUGGAAGUCUAUUACGAUGGAGAGUGGGGAACUGUAUGUGAUGAUUUGUGGGAUGAAUCGGAUGCUACAGUGGUUUGUCAAAUCCUUGGUCUAGGUGAUUCAGGGACUGCACGAAGUAAUGCUGCCUUUGGAGAAGGUAGUGGAAACAUCAUUCUUGACAAUGUUCAGUGUGACGGAACUGAAACAGAUCUCUUUGCUUGUCCUAGUAAUGGUCCAAACAAUCACAACUGUGGCCACAGUGAAGAUGCAGGAGUAGAAUGCACCAGUACAACAACAUCUUCACCUACUGAAUCAAUCCGUCUUGUGGGUGGCUCAUCUGAUUCUGAAGGUCGAGUGGAAGUCUAUUACAAUGGAGAGUGGGGAACAGUAUGUGAUGAUUUAUGGGAUGAUACCGAUGCUACAGUGGUGUGUCAGAUCCUUGGUCUGGGUGGUUCAGGGACUGCACAAAGUAAUGCUGCCUUCGGAGUAGGUAGUGGAAACAUCAUUCUUGACAACGUUCAGUGUGACGGAACUGAAACAGAUCUCUUUGCUUGUCCUAGUAAUGGUCCAAACAACCACAACUGUGGCCACAGUGAGGAUGCAGGAGUUGUAUGCACCAGCACAACGACAUCGGCACCUGCUGAAACAAUUCGUCUUGUGGGUGGAUCCUCAGAUACUGAAGGUCGAGUGGAAGUCUAUUACGGUGGAGAGUGGGGAACUGUAUGUGAUGAUUUGUGGGAUGAAUCGGAUGCUACAGUGGUUUGUCAAAUCCUUGGUCUAGGUGAUUCAGGGACUGCACGAAGUAAUGCUGCAUUUGGAGAAGGUAGUGGAAACAUCAUUCUUGACAAUGUUCAGUGUGACGGAACUGAAACAGAUCUCUUUGCUUGUCCUAGUAAUGGUCCAAACAAUCAUAACUGUGGCCACAGUGAAGAUGCAGGAGUAGAAUGCACCAGCACAACAACAUCUUCACCUACUGAAUCAAUCCGUCUUGUGGGUGGCUCAUCUGAUUCUGAAGGUCGAGUGGAAGUCUAUUACAAUGGAGAGUGGGGAACAGUAUGUGAUGAUUUCUGGGAUGAUACCGAUGCUACAGUGGUGUGUCAGAUCCUUGGUCUGGGUGGUUCAGGGACUGCACAAAGUAAUGCUGCCUUUGGAGUAGGUAGUGGAAACAUCAUUCUUGACAAUGUUCAGUGUGACGGAACUGAAACAGAUCUCUUUGCUUGUCCUAGUAAUGGUCCAAACAAUCACAACUGCGGCCACAGUGAGGAUGCAGGAGUUGUAUGCACCAGCACAACGACAUCGUCACCUGCUGAAACAAUUCGUCUUGUGGGUGGAUCCUCAGAUACUGAAGGUCGAGUGGAAGUCUAUUACGAUGGAGAGUGGGGAACUGUAUGUGAUGAUUUGUGGGAUGAAUCGGAUGCUACAGUGGUUUGUCAAAUCCUUGGUCUAGGUGAUUCAGGGACUGCACGAAGUAAUGCUGCCUUUGGAGAAGGUAGUGGAAACAUCAUUCUUGACAAUGUUCAGUGUGACGGAACUGAAACAGAUCUCUUUGCUUGUCCUAGUAAUGGUCCAAACAAUCAUAACUGUGGCCACAGUGAAGAUGCAGGAGUAGAAUGCACCAGCACAACAACAUCUUCACCUACUGAAUCAAUCCGUCUUGUGGGUGGCUCAUCUGAUUCUGAAGGUCGAGUGGAAGUCUAUUACAAUGGAGAGUGGGGAACAGUAUGUGAUGAUUUAUGGGAUGAUACCGAUGCUACAGUGGUGUGUCAGAUCCUUGGUCUGGGUGGUUCAGGGACUGCACAAAGUAAUGCUGCCUUUGGAGUAGGUAGUGGAAACAUCAUUCUUGACAACGUUCAGUGUGACGGAACUGAAACAGAUCUCUUUGCUUGUCCUAGUAAUGGUCCAAACAACCACAACUGCGGCCACAGUGAGGAUGCAGGAGUUGUAUGCACCAGCACAACGACAUCGGCACCUGCUGAAACAAUUCGUCUUGUGGGUGGAUCCUCAGAUACUGAAGGUCGAGUGGAAGUCUAUUACGGUGGAGAGUGGGGAACUGUAUGUGAUGAUUUGUGGGAUGAAUCGGAUGCUACAGUGGUUUGUCAAAUCCUUGGUCUAGGUGAUUCAGGGACUGCACGAAGUAAUGCUGCAUUUGGAGAAGGUAGUGGAAACAUCAUUCUUGACAAUGUUCAGUGUGACGGAACUGAAACAGAUCUCUUUGCUUGUCCUAGUAAUGGUCCAAACAAUCAUAACUGUGGCCACAGUGAAGAUGCAGGAGUAGAAUGCACCAGCACAACAACAUCUUCACCUACUGAAUCAAUCCGUCUUGUGGGUGGCUCAUCUGAUUCUGAAGGUCGAGUGGAAGUCUAUUACAAUGGAGAGUGGGGAACAGUAUGUGAUGAUUUCUGGGAUGAUACCGAUGCUACAGUGGUGUGUCAGAUCCUUGGUCUGGGUGGUUCAGGGACUGCACAAAGUAAUGCUGCCUUUGGAGUAGGUAGUGGAAACAUCAUUCUUGACAAUGUUCAGUGUGACGGAACUGAAACAGAUCUCUUUGCUUGUCCUAGUAAUGGUCCAAACAAUCACAACUGCGGCCACAGUGAGGAUGCAGGAGUUGUAUGCACCAGCACAACGACAUCGUCACCUGCUGAAACAAUUCGUCUUGUGGGUGGAUCCUCAGAUACUGAAGGUCGAGUGGAAGUCUAUUACGAUGGAGAGUGGGGAACUGUAUGUGAUGAUUUGUGGGAUGAAUCGGAUGCUACAGUGGUUUGUCAAAUCCUUGGUCUAGGUGAUUCAGGGACUGCACGAAGUAAUGCUGCCUUUGGAGAAGGUAGUGGAAACAUCAUUCUUGACAAUGUUCAGUGUGACGGAACUGAAACAGAUCUCUUUGCUUGUCCUAGUAAUGGUCCAAACAAUCAUAACUGUGGCCACAGUGAAGAUGCAGGAGUAGAAUGCACCAGCACAACAACAUCUUCACCUACUGAAUCAAUCCGUCUUGUGGGUGGCUCAUCUGAUUCUGAAGGUCGAGUGGAAGUCUAUUACAAUGGAGAGUGGGGAACAGUAUGUGAUGAUUUGUGGGAUGAUACCGAUGCUACAGUGGUGUGUCAGAUCCUUGGUCUGGGUGGUUCAGGGACUGCACAAAGUAAUGCUGCCUUUGGAGUAGGUAGUGGAAACAUCAUUCUUGACAAUGUUCAGUGUGACGGAACUGAAACAGAUCUCUUUGCUUGUCCUAGUAAUGGUCCAAACAAUCAUAACUGUGGCCACAGUGAAGAUGCAGGAGUAGAAUGCACCAGCACAACAACAUCUUCACCUACUGAAUCAAUCCGUCUUGUGGGUGGCUCAUCUGAUUCUGAAGGUCGAGUGGAAGUCUAUUACAAUGGAGAGUGGGGAACAGUAUGUGAUGAUUUCUGGGAUGAUACCGAUGCUACAGUGGUGUGUCAGAUCCUUGGUCUGGGUGGUUCAGGGACUGCACAAAGUAAUGCUGCCUUUGGAGUAGGUAGUGGAAACAUCAUUCUUGACAAUGUUCAGUGUGACGGAACUGAAACAGAUCUCUUUGCUUGUCCUAGUAAUGGUCCAAACAAUCACAACUGCGGCCACAGUGAGGAUGCAGGAGUUGUAUGCACCAGCACAACGACAUCGUCACCUGCUGAAACAAUUCGUCUUGUGGGUGGAUCCUCAGAUACUGAAGGUCGAGUGGAAGUCUAUUACGAUGGAGAGUGGGGAACUGUAUGUGAUGAUUUGUGGGAUGAAUCGGAUGCUACAGUGGUUUGUCAAAUCCUUGGUCUAGGUGAUUCAGGGACUGCACGAAGUAAUGCUGCCUUUGGAGAAGGUAGUGGAAACAUCAUUCUUGACAAUGUUCAGUGUGACGGAACUGAAACAGAUCUCUUUGCUUGUCCUAGUAAUGGUCCAAACAAUCAUAACUGUGGCCACAGUGAAGAUGCAGGAGUAGAAUGCACCAGCACAACAACAUCUUCACCUACUGAAUCAAUCCGUCUUGUGGGUGGCUCAUCUGAUUCUGAAGGUCGAGUGGAAGUCUAUUACAAUGGAGAGUGGGGAACAGUAUGUGAUGAUUUGUGGGAUGAUACCGAUGCUACAGUGGUGUGUCAGAUCCUUGGUCUGGGUGGUUCAGGGACUGCACAAAGUAAUGCUGCCUUUGGAGUAGGUAGUGGAAACAUCAUUCUUGACAAUGUUCAGUGUGACGGAACUGAAACAGAUCUCUUUGCUUGUCCUAGUAAUGGUCCAAACAAUCACAACUGCGGCCACAGUGAGGAUGCAGGAGUUGUAUGCACCAGCACAACGACAUCGUCACCUGCUGAAUCAAUCCGUCUUGUGGGUGGCUCAUCUGAUUCUGAAGGUCGAGUGGAAGUCUAUUACAAUGGAGAGUGGGGAACAGUAUGUGAUGAUUUGUGGGAUGAUACCGAUGCUACAGUGGUGUGUCAGAUCCUUGGUCUGGGUGGUUCAGGGACUGCACAAAGUAAUGCUGCCUUUGGAGUAGGUAGUGGAAACAUCAUUCUUGACAAUGUUCAGUGUGACGGAACUGAAACAGAUCUCUUUGCUUGUCCUAGUAAUGGUCCAAACAAUCACAACUGUGGCCACAGUGAGGAUGCAGGAGUUGUAUGCACCAGCACAACGACAUCGUCACCUGCUGAAACAAUUCGUCUUGUGGGUGGAUCCUCAGAUACUGAAGGUCGAGUGGAAGUCUAUUACGAUGGAGAGUGGGGAACUGUAUGUGAUGAUUUGUGGGAUGAUACCGAUGCUACAGUGGUGUGUCAGAUCCUUGGUCUGGGUGGUUCAGGGACUGCACAAAGUAAUGCUGCCUUUGGAGAAGGUAGUGGAAACAUCAUUCUUGACAAUGUUCAGUGUGACGGAACUGAAACAGAUCUCUUUGCUUGUCUUAGUAACGGUCCAAACAAUCAUAACUGUGUGCACGGUGAAGAUGCAGGAGUAGAAUGCACCAGCACAACUACAUCUUCACCUACUGAAUCAAUCCGUCUUGUGGGUGGCUCAUCUGAUUCUGAAGGUCGAGUGGAAGUCUAUUACAAUGGAGAGUGGGGAACAGUAUGUGAUGAUUUGUGGGAUGAUACCGAUGCUACAGUGGUGUGUCAGAUCCUUGGUCUGGGUGGUUCAGGGACUGCACAAAGUAAUGCUGCCUUUGGAGUAGGUAGUGGAAACAUCAUUCUUGACAAUGUUCAGUGUGACGGAACUGAAACAGAUAUCUUUGCUUGUCCUAGUAAUGGUCCAAACAAUCACAACUGCGGCCACAGUGAGGAUGCAGGAGUUGUAUGCACCAGCACAACGACAUCGUCACCUGCUGAAUCAAUCCGUCUUGUGGGUGGCUCAUCUGAUUCUGAAGGUCGAGUGGAAGUCUAUUACAAUGGAGAGUGGGGAACAGUAUGUGAUGAUUUGUGGGAUGAUACCGAUGCUACAGUGGUAUGUCAGAUCCUUGGUCUGGGUGGUUCAGGGACUGCACAAAGUAAUGCUGCCUUUGGAGUAGGUAGUGGAAACAUCAUUCUUGACAAUGUUCAGUGUGACGGAACUGAAACAGAUCUCUUUGCUUGUCCUAGUAAUGGUCCAAACAAUCACAACUGUGGCCACAGUGAGGAUGCAGGAGUUGUAUGCACCAGCACAACGACAUCGUCACCUGCUGAAACAAUUCGUCUUGUGGGUGGAUCCUCAGAUACUGAAGGUCGAGUGGAAGUCUAUUACGAUGGAGAGUGGGGAACUGUAUGUGAUGAUUUGUGGGAUGAUACCGAUGCUACAGUGGUGUGUCAGAUCCUUGGUCUGGGUGGUUCAGGGACUGCACAAAGUAAUGCUGCCUUUGGAGAAGGUAGUGGAAACAUCAUUCUUGACAAUGUUCAGUGUGACGGAACUGAAACAGAUCUCUUUGCUUGUCUUAGUAACGGUCCAAACAAUCAUAACUGUGUGCACGGUGAAGAUGCAGGAGUAGAAUGCACCAGCACAACUACAUCUUCACCUACUGAAUCAAUCCGUCUUGUGGGUGGCUCAUCUGAUUCUGAAGGUCGAGUGGAAGUCUAUUACAAUGGAGAGUGGGGAACAGUAUGUGAUGAUUUGUGGGAUGAUACCGAUGCUACAGUGGUGUGUCAGAUCCUUGGUCUGGGUGGUUCAGGGACUGCACAAAGUAAUGCUGCCUUUGGAGUAGGUAGUGGAAACAUCAUUCUUGACAAUGUUCAGUGUGACGGAACUGAAACAGAUCUCUUUGCUUGUCCUAGUAAUGGUCCAAACAAUCACAACUGCGGCCACAGUGAGGAUGCAGGAGUUGUAUGCACCAGCACAACGACAGCGUCACCUGCUGAAACAAUUCGUCUUGUGGGUGGAUCCUCAGAUACUGAAGGUCGAGUGGAAGUCUAUUACGAUGGAGAGUGGGGAACUGUAUGUGAUGAUUUGUGGGAUGAAUCGGAUGCUACAGUGGUUUGUCAAAUCCUUGGUCUGGGUGAUUCAGGGACUGCACGAAGUAAUGCCGCCUUUGGAGAAGGUAGUGGAAGCAUCAUUCUUGACAAUGUUGAGUGUGACGGAACUGAAACAGAUCUCUUUGCUUGUCCUAGUAACGGUCCAAACAAUGAGAACUGUGUGCACGGUGAAGAUGCAGGAGUAGAAUGCACCAGCACAACUACAUCUUCACCUACUGAAUCCAUCCGUCUUGUGGGUGGCUCAUCUGAUUCUGAAGGUCGAGUGGAAGUCUAUUACAAUGGAGAGUGGGGAACUGUAUGUGAUGAUUUGUGGGAUGAUACCGAUGCUACAGUGGUGUGUCAGAUCCUUGGUCUGGGUGGUUCAGGGACUGCACAAAGUAAUGCUGCCUUUGGAGUAGGUAGUGGAAACAUCAUUCUUGACAAUGUUCAGUGUGACGGAACUGAAACAGAUCUCUUUGCUUGUCCUAGUAACGGUCCAAACAAUCACAACUGCGGCCACAGUGAGGAUGCAGGAGUUGUAUGCACCAGCACAACGACAUCGUCGAUUGCUGAAUCGAUCCGUCUUGUGGAUGGCGCAUCAGAUUCUCAAGGUCGAGUGGAAGUCUAUUACGGUGGAGAGUGGGGAACUGUAUGUGAUGAUUUGUGGGAUGACACUGAUGCUACAGUAGUUUGUCAAAUCCUUGGUCUGGGUGAUUCAGGGAUUGCCCUUAGUUUUGCUGCCUUUGGAGAAGGUAGUGGAAGCAUCAUUCUUGACAACGUUGAAUGUGACGGAACUGAAACAGAUCUAUUUGCUUGUCCUAGUAACGGUCCAAACAAUCACAACUGUCGCCACAUUGAGGAUGCAGGAGUUGUAUGCAACAGCACAACUAGAUCUCCACCUACUGAAUCGAUACGUCUUGUGGGUGGCUCUUCUGAUACUGAAGGUCGAGUGGAAGUCUAUUACAAUGGAGAGUGGGGAACUGUAUGUGAUGAUUUGUGGGAUGAAUCGGAUGCUACAGUGGUGUGUCAAAUCCUUGGUCUAGGUGAUUUAGGGAUUCCCAUAAGUUUUGCUGCCUUUGGAGAAGGUAGUGGAAGCAUCAUUCUAGACAAUGUUCAGUGUGACGGAACUGAAACAGAUAUCUUUGCUUGUCCUAGUAAUGGUCCAAAUAAUCACAACUGUGGUCACAGUGAGGAUGCAGGAGUUCAAUGCACCAGCACAACUACAUCUUCACCUACUGUAGGAUCGAUCCGUCUUGUGGGUGGCUUAUCAGAGACCGAAGGCAGAGUGGAAGUCCAAUACAACGGUGAAUGGGGAACUGUAUGUGACGAUUUCUGGGAUGAUACUGAUGCUACAGUUGUUUGUCAGUUCCUUGGUCUGGGUGAUAUUGGUACUGCUUAUUCUGCUGCCUACUUUGGAGGAGGUAGUGGAAGCAUCAUUCUUAACGAAGUUCAGUGUGACGGAACUGAAACAGAUCUCUUUGCUUGUCCUCAUAGUGGACCAAAUAUUUACAACUGUGGUCACUUUGAGGAUGCAGGAGUUUCAUGCAGCAACACACCUUCUGGAUUGAUCCGUCUUGUGGGUGGAUCCUCAGAUACUGAAGGUCGAGUGGAAGUCUAUUACAAUGGAGAGUGGGGAACUGUAUGUGAUGAUUUGUGGGAUGAUACUGAUGCUACAGUAGUGUGUCAGAUCCUUGGUCUGGGUGAUUCAGGGUCUGCACAAAGUAAUGCUGCCUUUGGAGAAGGUAGUGGUAACAUCAUUCUUGAUAAUGUUGAGUGUGACGGAACUGAAACAGAUAUCUUCGCUUGUCCUAGUAACGGUCCAAACAAUCACAACUGUGUGCACGGUGAAGAUGCAGGAGUACAAUGCACCAGCACAACUACAUCUUCACCUACUGGAUCAAUCCGUCUUGUGGGUGGAUCCUCAGAUACUGAAGGUCGGGUGGAAGUCAGAUACAACGAAGAGUGGGGAACUGUAUGUGACGAUUACUGGGAUGACACUGAUGCUACAGUUGUUUGUCAGCUCCUUGGUCUGGGUGAUAUUGGUACUGCUUAUUCUGCUGCCCACUUUGGAGAAGGUAGUGGAAGUAUCAUUCUUGAUGAUGUUCAGUGUGAAGGAACAGAAUCUAAUAUCUUUGAUUGUCCUAAUAAUGGAGUAUUCAAUCACAACUGCGGUCACUAUGAGGAUGCAGGGGUUUCAUGCAGCAACGCACCUUCUGGAUCGAUCCGUCUUGUGGGUGGAUCCUCAGAUACUGAAGGUCGGGUGGAAGUCAGAUACAACAAAGAGUGGGGAACUGUAUGUGACGAUUACUGGGAUGACACUGAUGCUACAGUUGUUUGUCAGUUCCUUGGUCUGGGUGAUAUUGGUACUGCUUAUUCUGCUGCCCACUUUGGAGAAGGUAGUGGAAGUAUCAUUCUUGAUGAUGUUCAGUGUGAAGGAACAGAAUCUAAUAUCUUUGAUUGUCCUAAUAAUGGAGUAUUCAAUCACAACUGCGGUCACUAUGAGGAUGCAGGGGUUUCAUGCAGCAACGCACCUUCUGGAUUGAUCCGUCUUGUGGAUGGCUCAUCCGAUACUGAAGGCCGAGUGGAAGUCUAUUACGAUGGAGAGUGGGGAACUGUAUGUGAUGAUUUAUGGGAUGACACUGAUGCUACAGUGGUGUGUCAGAUCCUUGGUCUGGGUGGUUCAGGGACUGCACAAAGUAAUGCUGCCUUUGGAGAAGGUAGUGGAAACAUCAUUCUUGACAAUGUUGAAUGUGACGGAACUGAAACAGAUCUCUUUGCUUGUCCUAGUAACGGUCCAAACAAUCACAACUGUGUGCACAUGGAAGAUGCAGGAGUUUCAUGCAGCAACACACCAUCUGGAUCGAUCCGUCUUGUGGGUGGAUCCUCAGAUACUGAAGGUCGGGUGGAAGUCAGAUACAACGAAGAGUGGGGAACUGUAUGUGACGAUUACUGGGAUGACACUGAUGCUACAGUUGUUUGUCAGUUCCUUGGUCUGGGUGAUAUUGGUACUGCUUAUUCUGCUGCCCACUUUGGAGAAGGUAGUGGAAGUAUCAUUCUUGAUGAUGUUCAGUGUGAAGGAACAGAAUCUAAUAUCUUUGAUUGUCCUAAUAAUGGAGUAUUCAAUCACAACUGCGGUCACUAUGAGGAUGCAGGGGUUUCAUGCAGCAACGCACCUUCUGGAUUGAUCCGUCUUGUGGAUGGCUCAUCCGAUACUGAAGGCCGAGUGGAAGUCUAUUACGAUGGAGAGUGGGGAACUGUAUGUGAUGAUUUAUGGGAUGACACUGAUGCUACAGUGGUGUGUCAGAUCCUUGGUCUGGGUGGUUCAGGGACUGCACAAAGUAAUGCUGCCUUUGGAGAAGGUAGUGGAAACAUCAUUCUUGACAAUGUUGAAUGUGACGGAACUGAAACAGAUCUCUUUGCUUGUCCUAGUAACGGUCCAAACAAUCACAACUGUGGUCACUAUGAGGAUGCAGGAGUUUCAUGCAGCAACACACCAUCUGAAUUGAUCCGUCUUGUGGAUGGCUCAUCAGAGACCGAAGGCCGAGUGGAAGUCUAUUACAACGGUGAAUGGGGAACUGUAUGUGACGAUUACUGGGAUGACACUGAUGCUACAGUUGUUUGUCAGUUCCUUGGUCUGGGUGAUGUCGGUACUGUUGCCUACUUUGGAGAAGGUAGUGGAAGCAUCAUUCUUGAUGAUGUUGAGUGUGACGGAACUGAAAUAAAUCUCUUUGACUGUCCUAAUAAUGGAGCAUUCAAUCACAACUGCGGUCACUAUGAGGAUGCAGGGGUUUCAUGCAGCAACACACCUUCUGGAUCGAUCCGUCUUGUCGGUGGACCAUCAGAUACCGAAGGCCGAGUAGAAGUCUACUACGGUGGAGAGUGGGGAACUGUAUGUGAUGAUUUGUGGGAUGAUACUGAUGCUACAGUAGUUUGUCAAAUCCUUGGUUUGGGUGAUUCCGGGGUUGCCCAUAGUUUUGCUGCCUUUGGAGUAGGUAGUGGAAACAUCAUUCUUGACAAUGUUGAGUGUGACGGAACUGAAACAGAUCUCUUUGCUUGUCCUAAUAAUGGACCAAACGUUCACAACUGUGUACACGCUGAAGAUGCAGGAGUUUCAUGCAGCAACACACCUUCUGGAUCGGUCCGUCUUGUGGGUGGUUCGUUGAAUUCCGAAGGCCGCGUGGAAGUCCAAUACAACGGUGAAUGGGGAACUGUAUGUGAUGAUUUCUGGGAUGACACAGAUGCUACAGUGGUGUGUCAGAUCCUUGGUCUGGGUGAUUCAGGGACUGCUUAUUCUAAUGCCCACUUUGGAGAAGGCAGUGGAAGCAUCAUUCUUGACGAUGUCGAGUGUGGCGGAACUGAAACAAGCAUCUUGGAUUGUCCUAAUAAUGGAGCAUUCGAUCACAAUUGUGUACAUGGUGAAGAUGCGGGAGUUUCAUGCAGCCAGGCGGCACCUGAUUUGUUGCUCUCCCCGGACUCAAUCCGUCUAGUUGGAGGAUCAUCAUUCAAUGAAGGCCGGGUUGAGGUCCGUUACCAAGGAGAGUGGGGAACAGUUUGUGAUGAUCUCUGGGACGAGCAUGCUGCUCGGGUGGUCUGUCAAGCUCUUGGCCUUGGGGACGUGGCGAUUCCUUUCGGAAAUGCUAUGUUCGGAGAAGGGACCGGGAAGAUUAUCCUGGACAACGUCCAGUGUCGAGGGACUGAAGCCGAUCUCUUUGAGUGUCCCAGUAAUCAUCCACUCGUCCACGACUGUAACCACUUCGAGGAUGCUGGAGUCCACUGCUACAUAUCUGAUGACUGAUCUGACUUUUCCUGAUCGUAAGGCAGGAUGUCAAUUUCAAUUUGGUACUGACUUUGGAUUUGUUUCUUCUCAUUGGUAUAUCAUGAACCAUCUCUUCUUUUUGCAUUUUUAGCAUAUAUUACUACAGGUGUUUUUAUUUAGGGUUUAAUUCAUACUUUGAAUUAAGUCAUUAUAGAAACGAGACACACAUCUUUUUUAAUUCCCAUAGUCUUUGUUCAAGGACAACCUGAUUUCAGUAGACAAUAAUUGGUUUACCUGUUGAAUACUAUAUUUUGUAGUUGAAGAAGUAACCUGUUGACUAUAUCAAACUCUCUUAUUCCCAUAGUCUUCGUCCAGGGCCCAGUUGCAUAAUAGUUUACUAUUAUGGUAACUACCAUGGUAACGCUGAUCUACAGCCAAUCAACAUCAAGGAUUCCAUGCAAGUUACUAUUGCAUGAAAAAGUUACCAUAAUUGUAACUUUUGUGCAACGGGCCCAGGGACUACUUGGUUCCAGUAGGCAGUGAGUUAACCUGUUGACUACGAAUUUCUGUUAUUCCCGUAACCUUUGUCCAGGGACUACUUGGUCCCAGGAAACAAUGAGUUAACCUGUUGAGUACUAAAUUCUGUAAUUCACAGUCUUCGCCCACAGACCAGCUGGGUCCAUAUUAUGCCAUGGGUUAAUCUGUUUUCUACCAAUUUCUGUACACAGUAAAAACGCUGUUUAAGAUUUUAUACAACGCUGUUUACUAUAUGAACCUUACAGUAUUUGUUUAACCGUUUAAACAAUCAUGUUUAAUUUAUUGAAGAUUAGAUAUUGAAAAUUAAACUUUGUUGCUUAAGAUUUAAACACUUGUUUAAACUGUUUAAACAAUUACUGUAAGGUUCAUAUACUAAACAGCGUUGUAUAAUUUUGUUUUUACUGUGUAAUUCCCAUAGUCUUCGUCCAAGGACGACUUGGGUCCAAAGAGGCAGGGGCGUCGAUCCAUUUUUCAGAUUGGGGGGGCAAAAUCCUGCACCAUUAAAUGAUUAGACGUCAAUCACAAUAAUCUUAUGGUCUAUAUUUUAAUGACAUUGUACCUCUACACAGAGCUGGCCGGAUAAGGGCAGAUGACAACGAUCGCAUGUGUAACAUAUACAACCCUGCCCAACAGAGGGCAGCAAUCCACAAUGGCGUGACCAUCUUUUCUUUCCCUCUACUAACUUCUCUAACUUUCCCUUCAAUCAACUUUCUAAAUUACUGCAAUUACUCAUUUGCUAAUAAUCAUUGCCUUAUCAAUCAUUCAAAGUGCCUGUAAAACUAUUACCAACUAUAGUGCAUAUACCAGUUCACUUACAUAAAUAAUGAUUGUCUUAUUAAUAUUUCAAAGUACCUGUAUCACUAUAAAUAAUCAUUGUCUUAUCACUAAUACAAAUUACCUGUAUCACUAUCAUCAACUACAGUGUACAUACCUGUUUACCAACAUAAGAUACAUACAACUCAAUUAAAAUAACACAAUUACUUUUUCCAUCUAUUAACCCAUCACAACAUGUCGUAGACAGAUAAUAGCUUACCAUGGCAACUUUUCUUUUUUUUUUUUUUUUUUUUACAUAAUAGCCUAAUAGGGAACUGAAUAAAAGCCAACUUCUUUUAACAAUGAACAAGCUAUGUAAAUACAGCAACUAUAAUAAAAAUCAAUUUCCACCUAUGCAAAACAUUGCCCAUAUAAAUCAGCCUAAGUUGUUUGUAAAAGCAAAAAAUAAGAUAUGUGUCUUAAUCACCAUGACCUAAAAUAAAAUAAAAAACCCGUUCCUUUACACAAAGCCUUGGAAUAAAUACUGUGCAAGGGGCAUGCAAACUAAUACCCCUCAAUCUCUACAUAUGGUUACAGUAAUAAGUCUAAAACUUACCACAUGUUAUAACAUAUAUACAAGUCAAAUAAAAUCAUCCAUAAAUCAUAAAUAAACUGCAACUUUUUAUAUAUAAAUAUAAUAAAUGAGUACAAAUUACCAAAACAUACACAUAGGCCUAUUUGUACACAACUCCCUACCUGCAACAUGAAAAUAAUUACACCAAGAAAUAAUAAGACAACAGUCCAUCCAACCUGUACAGCUAAUAAACAACAUAAAUAAAGGUAUUAACUGAUAAAGUAAUAUACAAAAUGACCACUCUCAGUAAAACCAUCAGUCAAAAGGGGGAUAUUUAAAACUAUAGUCCAAGCAGUUCACAAUAAACAAUACAUAAAUAGCUCACUUCAUAUAGCUGUAAAAGCCCGUGUAAAAGAGAGCAAUCCUAAUCAUACCAAAUAAUCACAAACAAUUAAGGGCAAUAAACUGGGGGGGGGGGGGUACAACAAUCAAAGCUUAUCAAUGCAAAAUACAUGUAUCAUACAACAAUGUCAUUGUCAUGAUAUAUAAAGUUCAAAUAAAUGAAACAAUUUUAUACACCCAAAAUAAUUCCAGCAAAGGAACAACAGGCAUGCAUUAAAACAAACUCAUACCCAUGCAUAACAAACAUCUGUUAAAAAUCACACUACAUACAAGAUCACACACGUCUCAUAAUUACGAGCAGACAUCAAAUCAGUUUCUGUAGUAAAUCAAUACAUGAAUUGCAUAAAAAGCUUUAUUCAUAUAGCGACUUUAAUUAUCAGGGUUAUUCUAUACCCCAAAAAAGUCCAUACAAACAAAAGUAUAAAAACAUAAAAAAUACAUAAGGCAAUCAAUUAUUUUAAUAUCAAUAAAAUCAGAUUACAACCAAAAGCAAGAAUGUCCAUAAUGACAUCAAAGUUAAAGGAAACCAAUUAAGCAGUCCAGUUUUCGCAAAAACAGAAGCAACCAAAUCCUGGGUAAAGGCUAAGAGUUCAUAGUUCAUCCAGCAUGGUACAUGGGAAUAACAUGGUCCAAGUGUCCAGAGAAUCAAUCACGGGUAGCGAUUAUAGGUGUGGUCCGGGGGGCGUCCAUGAGGGGGUCCCAAUCUCAAGCUGAAAGGGAGACCUGGCCGAGUACGAGCGAUCAAUGGAAGGGGCAGGGCAAACCUCCUUACGUCAGACAUCAUGGGCGUGAUAGAGACCAUCCUGGAGUGCACAUAGGCAGGGAUGGAGGCAAACAGUCCAAGGGUAGUAGGAGGAGUCCAAUCAGGGGGGCGUCCUGGAGGGUACUCAACCUUCAAGGAACAGUGAAGGUUUGGUUCGCCAUUGAGGUUGGUGACUAAGGAGCAAUCCCCGGGCUCAUGAGUAGGGGACGCAUCUGCCAGAGAAUCACCAAGGCGGCACUGGUCGGUAUCUGAUGGUACUUGGGAGGACAGACCACCGGAUUGAGGUUCCGGUUGGACUUUGGUGAUUUCGCUAUCAGGAUGGACUUCAAGAGCAGUGGAGGUACCACCAAGGUUGUACGAUCGGGGUAUCUUAGGACAAACUGCAUCCUGACGGGCAUCCACAGCGACUUGGUUUCUGGUAAUUAUUGGCUUGACGUGGACGUGAGCCUCUUCAUUGACGUUGCAGCUGGAGGAAUUUGUCUCCACAUUGGCCAGAAGAUCAGUGUGAGGUACCUGAGAUGUAAUGCUAUGUUCGCCAAUGGGAGGAACGACUGACGAGACGACAACCGAAUGCGCUCUAUCGAGACGCGCAUGGGCCGGCGCUGGGCCAUAGGUGUAAGAGGACCCAUUAGCAAUCGUGACCGAACGCCGAGAAGGACGGACAGAGACAUCAUUCACUUCUAAGAAAGGGAUACCAGCUCGGGCUAACUCAGUAUCAGUCUCGACGACUAGGCCUUCAAAGACGAAUUUAUUAUCAUCCCUUGUAAGUACGAGCUGCGUCUCUCCAACAAUUACAUAAGGCAGGCUUGAACUAUCGACAUAACACGUACCUGAGGACGUGUCAAAGAUAUCAGCACCAAGACUCAAAGCAGUUGAGUACGCUAUGAAAUUCUGUGAUGACCCACUGACUAAGGUGACCCGGACACACUGCUGACCAUGAUACAGGUCAAUAAAUGGAAGUAUCUUGACCUGCCUAGGCACCACAGAUGAGUCAGCCACUGGACAAUGUGGCAGAGAAUGGUAUCCUUGAUGUAAUCCAUCGAACUUCGAUGAAUCGUCAUUGUCAUUAGUACUGCUGAGAGCAACUUCAAGAACUAGAGGCGACUCGUCUGACUUCGACGAGUCAACAAGGCAACCAAGAGGACUGUCCCAACGAACAUAUGACUGACGACUGAUUCCAGAAAUAUCUGGAUCUGCGGUUAGAGCACUACCAGGAACUUUGUCACAAUCAAUACUUGACAAAUUGUCAAAAUCACUAUCAUAAUCUAAAUCACUGACACAAUCUGACAAAUUCUUGUCAGACUCACGAUUAUACUUUUCGUAACAAUCAUUCACUGUGAGUUUUCUAGUGUAUCCUAGUGUACUUGCUGCUUGGCGAGCUUGCGCAAUGAUAUUAUUCUCAUGUUGAGGGAGGUAUUCACAGUCACUGAUGUGGUGGUGACUUGGGCGCUUAGCUGCUAAACAUAAAGGGCAACUAUCUAGAUCAAUAGGACCUAGACUAACAUUUGGCCUACUGUAAUUGACACUAGUAUGUAAAACCUUAACUGAGGGAGGAUGAUUGUUAGGAAUAGGAUUGUCCCAUAUGGGCUCAUCAUCAAACUCAGACUCAUUGUGAUUGUAAUCAAACUCACACUCAUUGUGAUUGUCAAACUCAACUAACUCAAACUCUGAGAUCUUUUCUCUACAAUCACCAUCAUUUAACUUCUCAGCAUAAUCAUCAAAAUCAUCAUAAUCAUAAUCAAGACUGUUACAUUCAUUCGCAUUCUCAGUCACUCUUUCAUUCUUUUGAUUUGUAUUAAUGUGUAAGUUAUAGUGAUUAAAAAAAUCUACGUGAGGGCGGCCGCGGGUUGGGGCCUGGCACUGGGGGCGAGGUUGAGGGUGCAACCUCUGUGGGGGUAAAGCCAUAGCUGAGGCUAUACAUGGGACUACAGCUACUGCGAGAGGUACGAGCCAAGACCGACAAAUUAGGAAAGAUUACCUAUCACGACUAGUUUUGGCCGACCGACUGACUGCUAGUUUUAGCAAAUGCCAUCAUAAACAGGCAAUGACAGGGUAGAUCCCAGCUGUCACCACACCAUUAAAUGAUUAGACGUCAAUCACAAUAAUCUUAUGGUCUAUAUUUUAAUGACAUUGUACCUCUACACAGAGCUGGCCGGAUAAGGGCCGAUGACAACGAUCGCAUGUGUAACAUAUACAACCCUGCCCAACAGAGGGCAGCAAUCCACAAUGGCGCUGAAUCAACUUUCCAAAGGCGCUCGAUCGCACAUAACAAACACACACACAUAUAUGCCUAUAUAUAUAUAGGCAUAUAUACACACACACACACAUAAAUAUAUAUAUAUAUAUGACCCAUGAGAUUGAGACACAUAUCUCACCAACAAAUUAAUGCGAGCGCGAAGCGCGAGCUGAAAUUUUUUGUAUAAUGAUCUGAUAACAGGAAAAAGGUGCCUGUUUAGGACUGUUUGUAGUAACUCAUGAGGAGGAUACAUAUCUCACAGAUAUAAUGCGAGUGCCGAGAGCGAGGUGAAAUUUCUUUAUAUUCUGACCUGUAAGGUUGAUAUUCUAAGCAUAUUUGGUACCAAUGAUGAAGAUGGGUAUCUGAAAAACAAUAAAUGCAAGCACGAAGUGCGAGCUGAAAAUUUUGAUAUUUCGAUCAGAAAAAAAUGGUUUAAUGGACGUUUUUAAUUAAGAACAAGCAUAUAUCCAACCAAAGAUUAUUGCAAAUCGAACCGCGAGUUAUUUUGAGGUUUAGAACUGAAAACGGGACAUUCUAUUCUCUUAAUAAUCAUGAAAAGUAUGGGUAUUUGCUACAGAAAUGAUGCGAGCGCGAAGCGCGAGCUGAAAAUUUUUAUAUUCCAAUCUGAAAAGCGGACAUUUUGAGCAUGAUUUUAAAUAAAGAACGAGGUGUGUAUUUCGAUCUCGCUUGCUGAUUUCUGUGUAACAUUGCAAUCUUAUUUUGUUUUUUACACAUGCGGAAUUAUUGGGGGGGGGGGGCAAAACGAUAUGUUUGCCCCCCCAAUAUUUUCAUUGGUGGGGCGAUCGCCCCCCCUGCCCCCCCAGGAUCGACGCCUCUGCAAAGAGCCAUGGGUUAAUCUGUUAACUACUGAUUUUCAGUGGUACACAUGUGAUGUGAAUAUAUUAACUGAUUUUAUCUUGUAUGUAGAGGUAGAGAAUUGGCCAGUUUAGGGAAGAAAUGAUAAAAUAAUAAGCUUGUUUUGAUAUACUGCAUUGUGUAGGGUGCAUUUGAUUUGCAUGGUGCCUCAGCUCGAUAUAUUCAAUUGUUGAAAUUGGUUAUUCAUAUGUCACCACUUGAUGCAAUAUUGACUCAGUUUAAGUUUAUUAAUAUACCUAUAAGUGAUAAUUGUCUAUGCCGUACAUUUAAAGUUUUGUUUAUUUAAACGUAAAGCACUUCAGAUCUGCCUUAUUUCUAAAAUUAUAAUUAUUUCAAUUUCCAUUGUGAUUUGUUGAGAUUUAGAUAGAUUUUGUGAUUUUUUCAAUAAAAAGAGGGGACAUUACAAAUUUGAAUUAUGAAGACAAUGCCAUACUUAUGGUUAGACAGUUUUUAAUUUUGUGUUUUCAUAUCAAUUUUUUUUAAAUGACAAGUAUGUUAAGAUUAUUACGCAAAUACACAUUAUGUAGCUUGCAGUUCACUUAAGUUAAUGUGUUUUAUAAACAUUACAUCAAUAUUGCUAUGAUUCUAAUAAUCCAUCAUUUACAUUCCACCAUUCUAACUAUUAUUAAGUACGAAUAACUUAUAAAUAUGUUAUGGAUGUCUGUAAGGUAAUUCUCUGCUGUAUUUGGGAAUAAAGUGUCACUUUUCAUCGUUGGAAUUGGGAAUAUAAUUAUCUGUCUCGUUGUCCUGUCAUUCGAACAAAACGUCACAUUUGAUUCUUGACCGAAUAAUUCUGUUGGCCUACAGCCCGCCAACCAUACAAGAGAGAACAUAGAUAGAUAAGUUGCAUACCACAUCCACGCUAAGUGACCAGCAACUAUUAUAUUAAAAUAUGAAAUCAGGUAUGGAUGUCAAAUUUAUGGAUUCUAACAAAUUUGCUUGCAUAUUCAAAUCAAACUCGUGAACUAGCCAUGAAGCUGAUGCCCAGUAGCUGUGCAUGGUUUUGCCCAAACGAAACUGUUCAAGAUUCUGAGGCUGCAGGCUCAACAAAUGGUCAAGAAUCAAUUGUGAUGUUUUUUUUUUAUUUGAAUGUCACCAUGAUAUUUUGGUUUUACCAGAAAAAAUAAACGGAAGAGGUGAUGGGAUAAAACGAA